AUGCAGCUACUUUUUCGAAAUGCCCACGCCAUCGGAAAAAAGGGCAGACUCACAGACUUCGCAUGGAUGUGUGAAGUGGACAGGAAGAAAGGUGUGAAGAUAGGAGAGACAUAUACAAAUGACUACCAGGCAAAAGAGUUCAUACACUACAUAGCAGAGGAUGAGAGAAGAAAGAUGAGGGCAAGACUAUCAGAUGGCAAGUUCAUCUCGGUCAUGUCAGAUGGAUCCCUGGACAGUGCAGUGAUGGAAGAAAUGGUCUACGUCAGGAGUGCCAGUAAGGGGAAGGUCAAAGUUGAUUUUGUCGGGGCUGUCAUAGAAAAGUACAAGUCAAGACCUGGGCCUAAGCUGAGAGCAGUGCUGGACACAGACACCUAUGAGGGAGUCCUCCUGAAGCCUACUGAUGCCGACCAACAUGACAAGGCAAAGAAUGAGCUAAUCGAUUCUCUGUGCCGGUGCAUCACUGCUAGAUUUAGUGAUGUGAACAGUGGUGUCCUGCAGGCUAUGCGGCUGACCAGUUUCCAGUGCUGGCCAGAGGCAGACACAAGUUCAGAAUUUGGUGAUGAAGAGGUAAACAAACUCAUUAGUCACUUCCAACCUAUUUUACUGUCUGCUGGAGUGGAUGUGGAGUUGAUCCCUGAUCAAUGGACAAUUCUCAAGACUGAACUGUACACAGCAGGAUUCAGCCAAGGAACCUUUGAGAAGACUUGGCCUACUGUAAACAGAAUGCUGCGCCAUCGGUGUCCGGAUGUCCUUGAUCUUUUUGAUGCUCUCCUCACCAUCCCUGCAACUACAGCUGACUGUGAAAGAGGGUUCAGUGUAAUGAAGCAGGUAAAGAGUGACUGGCGCUCACGCCUAAAAGGUGAGACCCUCUCUGACCUCCUUAAAACCCAGUUGUGCUCACCUGACAUCAAAGACUUUGAUCCAACCAAAGCCAUUGACAUCUGGCAUGCUGACAGUUUGCGCUAACGCAGGCCUGACUUUCUGCGCAAACAUGAAACAAAAGCAACAGAGAGUGGCUCAGGUUUUGAUAGCACCUCUGAAGAAGAAGAGCUCUGAAGAUUCAAAUGAUAGAAAGAUCCCCAAUGUUUGCACUUUCUGUGUAUAUUUUGUUGUAUAACACUUUUGAUUCUUUUCCUUCUUUUUGUUUGUUUGUUUUUACCUGCUAGUGACUUUACCCAUUUCAGUACAAGCUCAAAAUAACAUUGAACCAUCCACACAGGAAAUGCAGGAUUGUUGCAUCCUGCAUGUUGUAUGAUGACGUUAACGUGAUCACUUUCAGGAGAUUGAUACCAUGGAUCAUCAGUGGUAAACAGGACACGUCAUAGAAAUUAUUGUUGUGAUGGAAUGUCAGCAGAAACGGUUGAGACGUUUGUUGGGACAAGCUAAUGAUUGUUGCCUAAAUGGCAUAUUGUUGUUAUUAGCCAUUUACAAUAAAUCGUGUCCUUACUUAGUCACGUGUUGGUGAUUUCACAUACCCUUGCAUCAUACU